AUGGCCGACACACCAGCUCCAGCAGCUCCACCCGUCCCGACGACGUAUCGCGAGCGACUUGCACAAUUUCGUAUCUUGGAAGAGAAGAGAUUUGAAUUGAUUGAUGAAUUGCUGGAAAAGCUCGAGAAAACCGAAGCGAAGCUUGCACAGACCGAGCUCGACCUUAAUUCAGAGCAAAAUGUCCGACGCACACUGCAGGCUGAGGUCGUGGAGGCAAGAGAGAAGGAGAGUGCGAUGGCACAGAGACAGGCACGACGACCAUUUGCGCUUGUCCUUAUUGACGCCGAUGCGGACGGAUUCUUAUUCCAAGACAAGUAUCUGACAAGGAAAGCACAAGGCGGCGAGCAGUUGGCAGAUGAGCUCCUGAUACGGAUAAGGGAAUAUCUUAGGCCACAAUUCGACGAUGCAGAUAGCAUUGAUAUCCUCGUACGAGUGUAUGCCAACCUUGAAGGCAUGGCGAACUACCUUGUACGGCAAGACAAGGUGAGGAACCUGGGUGCCCUCCGCGCUAUGUCGACGGGCUUCUGCGGGCGGAUCUCGAGUUUCGACUUCAUCGAUAUUGGCGUCGGUAAAGAGGGCAGUUCAGGACGUAAGCUUCGAGAGAAUCUAUCCUUUUACACAUCAAGCGUGCAUCUCCGCCAUGUCAUCGUGGCGUGCUCACCUGCGGACUUGCCCGCCUCGCUUCUAUCGAACAUGCCGCUGGAGAAAGUCACGCUGGUAGAGUCGAUGCCGCUGCCAACAGCCCUCACCACGCUUCCUAUCAAGAUUACCAAAUUUACGACACUGUUCCCGCCUCCGCCAUCACCCAAAUCACCACGACCACGAGGGCGCAACGGAGCACAAUUGCAGCUCAUGCAGCAAGAAGAUACUGAGGGUGGCGCAACUUGGCUGGUGAUCAACCCCGAGAGGAGCAAGUCUCAGGGCGGUGCGCUGCGAAGACGGAACCAGUCGGAAGACGAGAACUCGAGUCUGAGUAUCUCAAUCGGACCAGACAAUACAGUGAGCGUUGACAGUGGGAGACGGCGGCGUAUCAUGGGAUAA